AUGGACGACGACGCUGCUGGCGGGGACGCCGGUUUCGAUGAGGACUUCGAUGAGGAUCAGGCGUCUGACCUCGGCGAUGGAGACCUCCCAGAAAUGGACGGAGGCGAUGACGAUGCGGCAGAUGACUUCGACAUGGAUGCUCGGGUUGGCCAUUUGUCGCGGGCAGACAUUGCCGACCUGUCUCCUCAGGAGCAGCUGCAGAAAUGGCAUGAGAUGCUACUCUCAGCGGAGGUCGACCUCAUAUCGGAGUUAGAUGCUUCGAACAUCUUCUUCAUCAACGCAGAGUCCAUCAUCUGUGACCUACGCCUCUCUGCGGAGGUCAAUGAGGAUGGCCAGUUCCUUCGGAUGACCUUCAUGGUCGAGCAGCUGCUCUCCAGUAUCAAGUCCUGUGGUGGUGUGUACAGGAUCAUCUUCUUUGAUGCUUUCAAGCACGUCUUCAGCAUGCAGUUCGAAGACUCGCUUUGGGCGUUUAGGGAGGCUUUCUUGAGCCACUGUCGGAACAAUGGCAUUGACCACGCAGUCUUCUCCCACUGGUAUUCGCCAGAGUGGAAGGAGCACGUGUCCACAUGGAGGCCGUCCUUUUUUCUCCUAGCUGACGACGGCCUCGCAGUUGAGGAUGAAGAGGAGGACGAGGAGGAGGCCGAGCAGAACGCCAAGCUAAGGGGCUCCUUUCAGGCGCUGAUGCUCAGGUGCUUGUCCUACAAAGUUCACGUCGCUCUACUAAAGGGCUUGCAGCGACGCGGCAAUCGCGUCAUGGCCUUCACGCUAGAGCCCGACAACCACGAUUUAUUCAUUGACAAAAACGUCCAGGGUGCUCUCCAACCACUCCUCGAAGAGGAGGAUGAGGAUGAGGAUGAGAAUCAGGAGUCACCUGUACCGGCCCUGGUGGCUUUCAAGAAGCGCGGUGAUGGGAAGGUACAAGAGACCGCUUUACUCCGGUGCUUUCUCGUCGCGAGCUUCUGCAAGGACACAUUGGCGAUCAAAGCCGAUCCAGCUUCGAUGGCGCUCAUGAAGCUUUUCGUCAAGGUCAUGCUGAUCCAGGAGAUGAUGCUGCGCUACGUGCCUUUGGACAAACGAGCGUUUACAACAAUCGCAAGUGAUGCGUGGGAGCUGUACGCCGAGUCCAUCAGUGGUGCCCUGGACAGGUUUUACGCGUUCAUCUCCAAAGAGCUCGGGAGGUUGAACCGGGAGCCUGAGGCGGCGCUGCAGGGCUUGAAGCUGGACGCCUGCGAUUUGUUUGAUGGCCGCCUCUUCCGACAUCUUUUCCGCUUCAUUGUGGAGACGGGCUUGUCGGAGAAGAGCAAAGAGGUCAAGGCGGAUGCCUUCAAGUUCAGCUCCUACAUUGUGGAGGAGUUGGACUUCCUGUGGUCAGAGGCAUCUUCCAAGGAGAAGUUCUUCCCGCUGAAAAUCUCAGCAAUGAAGGACCUGGAGGGCCUGGAGCCACCAGACCUUCCAGAUCAGGCGCGGGUCCGGGAGAGACCUUCGCUUUUCAAGAUUCAGUCCGGGCUCUUCGACGCCAUGUGGAAGGAGAAAGCAGACAACCUGAAGGAAAUCGACGAGGAUGAGGCUGCCGAUCCUCCACUUCUUUGGGACAGGUAUAGCUGGAAGCAAGGCGUCCGAGUGGAUGCCAUUCAAGAGGUUCAGGAGAUGGAGAAGAAUGAAGCUGAGAAGAGGAUGGAGCAGAAGAUGAGGGAGAAGAAGAAGAUUACCGACAAGGACAGAGAGUACGAGCGAAAGUUCCACAUGAAGAGACGCCAAAUGGCCUUGCGGUCUCUUCAUCGCUAUGCAAAGUCCCUCACAGGCUCAGACAAGUUGCACCUGCCCAUUGUGAGCGUCAAGGCCGACCAGAAGAAGGAGGACCAGAAGAAGGAGGCGAAGAAGAAGGCGAAGCCGGAAGAGAAGGUGGAGAAGGUCAGCAAGAAGCAGCAGGAAAUUCUGGACAAGAAUCGCCAAAAGGAGCUGGAGAAAACCCAGGCGCAAGAUGCUCAGCAGCUCAACGACUGGGAGAAACCUGUGGAUGCUCUGGCGGAGGCUCCAGAUGUGUCGAAACUGGAGAAGGACCUCCUGGACUUGCUGAUUGGCUUCAACCGGGUGGUGCCGAGUUUCGUCGGCUUCCCCGCGCUCACGAACGCGUUCAAGACGCCAGAGGCGCAGGUGGCGAUCAUUGUGAAGGCCGUGAAGAGCCUGCGCGUAGCCCUCAAGAAGUUGCAGCUGGACAGGCUACCACCAGAGGCGCAACCCAAGGUGACAAGUCUGGUCGUCUACGUCUACUGCCUUGUUCAAGAAGCAUGGAAUUCCUACGGCAAGAAAGGCCUCUUUGAUGGGAAGCCGCAGAGGCCCAGGCCCCACGAGGUGAAGGAGGCCGAAGGAGCCAAGAGGCACGAAAAGGAGGAAGAGUUCGAUGAGUAUGCCGAUGAGUUCGAAGAUCACCUGGUGAAUACCCUGGAGUACCACUUGCCUGAGGUCAUCGCCUCGAAAAUGGCCUGCUUCGGGCCGUUCUCUUGCUGCAUGGACCUGGGCUGCGGCACGGGCCUCUGCGGCCGAGCCCUGAAGACCUCCACGCAGAUCGACAAGCUGAUUGGCGUCGACCUGUCUGAGGGCAUGCUGGCCAGGGCCCGCGAAGCCGGAGGCUACGACGAGCUGCAGCAGCGGGACCUGGUGGCGGCACUGGGCAACCAGGAGGUCGAGAGCGUCGACCUCCUGGUGGCAGCGGACGUGCUCAUCUACGUCCGCCACCUGGACCGAGUCUUCGCGCUCGCGCACCGGGUUCUGCGGGCGGAGGGCGUCUUCGUGUUCUCGACGGAGGCGGCAGGAGAGGAGGAGUCUUCUGAGGGGGCAGUUCAAAGAGAGUCCGGCCGAUACGCCCACUGCCGAUCCUUCAUCGCGGCGACGGCCUCGCCGCUUUUUGCCGUCGUUGAAGUCGAAACGAUUCCACUUCGGAUUGAGGAUGACCUGCCGCUGCAGGGUGAUGUUUUUGUUCUGCAGCGUCGGCCUGGAAGCCAGUGUGAUGAUGUGGAUGUUUCGCGUGCGUGCAUCAAGCUAUUCCAAGAGCUGCUGAUCUCUUUGGGCUUCCGCAACAACGCGCAAGGCAUGUUUCGGCAGUGGAAGCAGGUUCAGGCAACCCUUGGAAAGGACGAGGGCGCCGAAGACGGGGAUGGGAAGGACAAGAAAGGCAAAGACGCAAAGGACGACAAGAAGGACAAGAAGAAGGAUAAGGACUCCAAGGACAAGAAAGACAAGAAGGAGUCCAAGGACUCCAAGGAGGAUUCCCUCGACUCCUACGCUGUGACGAAGGAGGUGGAGCUUUGCUGGUCCGGAGUGGGCAGCGAUGAGUAUGCCUUCCAGCUGAUGUACAUGGGUCCGCAGAUGACUCGUCUUGUUGGCACAGCCAAGGCUGGCACAAGACAGGCUCUGUUUCGUUUCUUCGGUCUUGAGCGGGUUGCCAAGAUGAGAUGCAUGAAGCAGAUGAGGCGCAGCUCUAUGAAGGAGCCCCUACCGGUUCUCCACCUUGCCUUCUUGUGCGUGCUGGAAGGCGCGUACUUCUACACGAUCUGCAACAUCUUCAGCUUUGCGGGCAUUCUCAGUGUAGACCUUGGGUGGGCGCCAGAUAAGAACGAGGCGGGCUUUGUGGCAGGCUGGUUGCUAUCAGCCAACGUCUUCGGCCGCAUCUUUACGUCUCCGGUCUGGGGCUUUGUCGCGGGACGCUAUGGCAUCAAGGUUGUGCUUGUCAUUACUUUGGUCUCCAUGCUGGUGGGCGGCAUUCUCUUCGGUUUCUGCACGAACCUCAUUGCAGCGAUGACCGUUCGCUUCAUACUCUUUGGGCUUCUGAACGGCUGGCUGGUUUUGACGGGUCCUUGUGCGGUUGCUGCUGCUGGACGCGAGCGCCAAACAGAAGUUCUAGGAUUGAUCUUUGCAGCGGGAUGCGGUAUGCAGCUGAUAGGUCCUGCGAUAGGAGGCUGGACUUAUGGCACUUUCGAAGAAUUGCCAGCAUUACUGCCAAGCCUGGUUGGAUGUGGUUUGAGUAUUCUUGCCUCCGUCCUCUUGUUUGCGGUCCGCAAGACUUUCGCGCAAGAGGAGCUUGCGGUCAAGGCAACGAAGGCAGAGCCUCGAUUGGAUCUUCCAAAACGCAAGGCGUUAAUUUUCCAGAAGCCUUUGCCGCUGAUCCUCUUCAUGCGCUUUGUCGCAGGGUGCGCCUCGUAUACUAUGAAUGUAGCUGUGCCGUUGUGGCUAAUCUCUGACCCUGAACUGGGAGGCCUUGGGAUGACUGAAAAGUCUGUCGGCUCUUUUCUCUGCAGAUCGGCUGUUUGGUACAUCAUCUACUUCACCUGGGUCUUGCCAUGGUGCUCGAAGCAGUUUGGCAGUCGUUGCUACAGCAUUGUGGUAAGUGUCGUUGCAGCAGUCACGGCCUGCUUCUUGCCUUUCUCUCCAAACAUUCCAGUAGCCAACGUGUUGCACCUCGUUUGGGCAUCUGCCCUUAUUGGCAACAAUGUGCUGAACGUUGCUUUCACCAACAACGCAUGUCCGCAAAAUCAUUUCAUGGCAAAUGGUCUUGCAGUGACUGCUGAGACAGUUGGGAAAGCUGUUGGACCAGCGGCGUCUGCUUCAAUUUUCGCGUGGACACUGCGAACUUGGGGCUGGCACGGGCAUGGCGCCUUGUUUUUCAUGUUGGCGGGAUGCUCGAUCAUUCAAAUCCUUUGUGUCCUUUGUCUGCCCGACAAUGUCGAGCCUGCUUGCCAGCCAGUAGAGGAAGGGCCAGCUGAUUCUAGCAUCGCGAGUAAGGAAGAGAAAGUUGUGGAUUCUUCACAAGCUUGA